UCAAAGAAGACAUAUUAGUCGGCAAGUUAAUAAGCAGGGUAAAGGCUCACAAAUCAUUUUGAAGGGCACAAUAAAGCACAGGAACACAUCUAAUCCACUAAACAUUAUUAGAAAGGAUGCAUUGCUGCAUCAGACCGCACACAUUUUCCUUUGUCAGUCUUCUCUUCUUGAUAAACAUCCCAUACUAUCAAUUAGAUCUAAUAUGAUUCAGAAAAAUAAGAGAGUGUUAUAUCUUGAUUGCAAAUGAUCACUUAAAGAUACAGGAGGUACUGCAUCCAACCAUAGAACAGUAACAUUACUGUAAAACUUACCAUUGAUUCAACACUACUGAAUAAGAAAGAAAUACGAGAACCAUAAGACCUACAUCUGAGAAUUGUUUUUUCCUCUUGUUCCUGUAUUCUCUUGAACUGGUUGACCAGAACAUUUCAUCGCAUGAUCACCUCACAUAAUGGUUAAAUAUUAGAAUAUUGUAUAUUGCAAUCAAUGUAUCCAAGUGUAUAAACAGGUCUUUGUGAUAAUAACCAAGACCUCACUAAAAACAGAACAGUGUACUUGAUAGUAUCCCAACAUAUAAUAUGUCACUACAUCCCAUAUCUAGUAAGGCUUUGAAGCAACUGGACAAAACCAGAAGGAAUUUUCUAUGGAAAGGGAAUAACAAAAGCCAUAAAUUCCAUUUGGUCAAGUGGCCAAUAGUCUUGUUACCAAAAAAGUUAGGCGGGCAUUAGAGACUUAGCACUGCACAAGAAAUCCCUACUUAUGAAGUGGUUGUGGAGAUACACUCAAGAGGAGCAUAACCUUUGGAAGGAUGUGAUUAUUGCUAAACAUGGAGCACUAAACCACUGGUGUUCUAAUGUUUCAAUGGCUCCAUAUGGAGUUGGUGUCUGGAGAAGUAUAUCAAAUUAUGGGAGGAGUUCUCUCAACACAAACACUUAAUUGCAGGGAAUGGACAAUAUAUCAGUUUCUGGAGAGACAAAUGGAUAGGCAACUCCUCCUUAAUGGUAAAUUAUCCUAACAUGUUCCGGAAGAGUAUCUGAUGUAUUGAAAUGUUGGAAUAGUGAUACCAACCCCUCCAAUCAGAAAGAGAGAUGAAAAAUUGUCCCGGCUUGUAUUUGGUGGAUUGUCUGGGGAGAAAGAAACAAAGUUUGUUUUGAAGACAAAGCCAUUAGUAUACAGAAACUAAAGUUGAAAUGUUUAGGACUUUUCUUUUUCUGGUGUAAACAUAGCUUAAUGGAGGAGUUCGAAUCAGCUAAUGAUGUACUCGACUCCUUAAGAGAAGAUUAAGGACUAGGAGCUCUUUUUUUUUUUGCUCAUCUGGAUGUAAAUAUGGGGGACUACACACCCUUUGUGUAGUUUGCUAUUAAUACACAAAAAUGUUACCUGUUCAAAAAAAAGACUAAUAAUAAUGUACUUAUAAGUAGAAGAGGGAGCACAAUGUGCUCUAAGCCAGAACCAUGCUCACCCACUGGAAAGAGAAAAAUUGCUUGACUACCUACUCUAACCCUCAACCCUAUUCUCAACCUCCCUGCUUUCCUAUCUAGGACACGUCUUCCGUGAGCGAAGACAUGUCAUGUCUAAUCAUUUGAUAUAGCUAAUCAAAUCAAAAGAUCCCUUUCUGCGCACCAGCUGAAAGGAGAUUGUGCUCUCUGCUAUUUCUGUCAAACCUCUGAGCCUUUGAAUAUGGUGAGUGUUCCUAAUACAUAUAAAACCUACUGCAAGUCCAAGGAGCGUAAAAAGCACACCUUGCAUAAGGUCACACAAUACAAGAAGGGGAAAGACAGGUUGGCUGCUCAGGGUAAGCACCCUUUUAACAGGAAGCAGUCUGGUUCAGGUCAGACAAAGCCCAUCUUCCACAAAAAGGCUAAGACCACAAAGAAGAUCGUGAUGAGGUUGCAAUGCCGAGGCUGCAAGCAUGUCUCACAGCACCCAAGCAAGAGGUGCAAGCAUUUUGUAAUUGGUGAGGACAAGAAAGGAAAGGGAACCUCUCUUUUCUAGAUUGCCUGUGAAGUCACCAAGAACUUCCUUUUCUUUGCCUUCUCUUAUGUUGCAAUGUUGAACUUUGGUUAUUUUGGAUGUUGGUUCUGUUAUGUUACAUUGUCUUAAAAUAGAUAAUUUUCCGUUAUGAUAGUUAUAUGAAGAUCCUAUCAAAAAAAAAAGAAGAAAACUUGCAAACACUAGACCAAAUAUAACUAAAAAUGUGGAACUUAUGCACGGGAUGGAGAUCUUGAGCUGGGAACAAAACUAAGAACAGUCCAUCAAAUUAAACUGCUCAAUAAUCUGCUGAGGACUUAUAGUGGAAUUAAUUUUUUGUUUUGAGAUAAGGGUAACUGACUUAUAGUGGAAUUAAUUUGAUUCCAACAAAAUGGCAUUACCUAUAUGACUCCCUAAUUUCCUCUGUGAUUUGUUCUUCACGAAGUCCACAAAGAAAUUAUGUAUUAAACUGUUGAAAAGGCAAAACUUCUCUUUUCAUUGUGCAAUAGGUGAUUAAUAUUGUUAUAUCAGAUUCAUUGCCAUCAUGUUGAUUAAUUUUUUUAUCAAAGUGGUGUCACAAUUGCACAUGGUUUUGAUAAUUAACAUCUCAAAUGAUAUUUAAUCAUAAAAAAGUUAACAUCUCAAAUGAUAGCAGGUGGGUACAACAGUUCAUGACUUCAGAUCAACAAGGUUAUUAACAAGACAGCAACCAGGCAUUACCUAUCUAAUUCACCCCUGUAGAAGUAUAAUCUCAUUGAUCAGUUCAUGGUAAGCGUUUCCUCUCUCCUAGAGGCAGGAAUCGGUUUUAUAUAUCUUUCCGUUGAAUGCGGCAAAGUAAGGCCAGCUUUCUUGAAAGCAAAACAAAGAACUAGACUAACAACUGAGAAGCUACCAGCACCUUUUCCUUUCGACCGACAUAGUAAUUCCACCCUAUUCCCCAAAACUGAAUUAUUGUUCUUCCCCCAGUGUAUUCUUUCCAAAAAUACAUUCAAUAGUAUCUAAAGAUGUUUAGUCAUUUUAUUAGUGUAUUCUUUCCAAAAAUACAUUCAAUAGUAUCUAAAGAUGUUUAGUCAUUUUAUUCUCCUAAACACAAAUCAAGGCAUUUACGACUUUUUCCAGAAAGAAGAAACUGAAAGUGAAACAAAUUCUCCCACAACCAAACGGUUUCUAAACCAAGCAAACCUAGGACGAAUUUAAGAAGCCGUUUGAUGGCACAUAAAUCUUCACAUCAACAAGGACUAUACAGCUAGAGUUUUUAUAAAGGUCAAUGAUCAAAACUUCAUAUAUAAUUACAUUUUUUGACAAAAUGACGAUGUAACCAAAACGUGAUUUGUAAACCAACAAGCAUAGCAUUUAAUGGCCACAAGUUCUAACGAAGGUUAAUCUGAUGAUCAAGUCAGA